UCCAACAUGGCGGCCGYUUCGCAACUAGAGAAUGUCAACCCUGCGGUUUUCAAACAAGCGAGCGAGCGUAUCAUCACACCUGAAGAGCAGGAUGAGAAUUAUACAGAUAAAAUUGACGAUAGAGAAGUAUUUGACAUGAUCCGGUUCAUCAAUGAUCCUGAGCAUCCAUUGACUCUAGAGGAACUAAACGUYGUAGAGCAAUCGUUGGUCGAUGUUAAUGAUGAUGAAAACUUUGUAAAAGUACAGUUUACACCCACAAUCCCUCACUGUAGUAUGGCCACUCUUAUUGGACUUGCCAUCAGGGUUAGGUUAYUGAGGUCACUCCCUGAAAGGUUCAAGGUCGACGUAAUUAUAACACCAGGAUCUCAUCAAUCAGAACUUGCAGUAAACAAACAGCUUGCUGACAAAGAAAGAGUUGCUGCUGCACUUGAAAAUAGUCAUUUGUUGGAAGUGAUAAACCAGUGUUUAGCAAGAAAACAGUGAUGAAAGACAAGCCGUUUAAAAACAUUUCAUAGAUGGCAGUGAGGACACAUGAACCAAGAGAACAUGGCACUUGAAUUCAAGUUGCUUUUGUUUUGUCAACAUUGCACAAAGCCAUUAGGGACUUGAAGAGUUAGCAAUUUAUUUGAGGAGAAAACAGUCAUUUUGAAGAAAAAAUUGCCACGUUUCUUCAUCUUUUAAGAUUAAAAUGAGCUACUCUUCAAGUGAACUUCAAGAAGAAAAGUUGCUUCACUCAACAAAAAUAUAAAAAUAAUUUGUUAGUACUCUGAAUGUAUGAAUACACAUAACUGUAAAUUAAUACAACCACAACUACUUUGUUCACUUUUGAAUUAUAUUUUAUUGGAUACAAAA